CCGGUAUAAAUCGGAACCCCACUCCGUCAGUCGUUGACAGAAAAAACCGACUCUGCGCACAUGUCCGUCGGCAAGAAGACGGCCGAGGACGCCGGACCCGCCGAGCCGAAGCCGUCCAGCAGUGCGCGGUUCGACCGCCUCUUGUCUGGUCUUGGCGCCGGUGGUCUUGUGGACAUAGAACCUGACAAGCUCAAGAGCGAUAUCCAGCGAUGGGCUAAGGCGGUCGCGGCGCUGGUCCGUCAGCUGAGCUUCGGCGCCUGGCCGGAGAAGAGCGACAGCUCGUCUGAUCACCAGAAGGCAGGCGGUGAAAGAUAGUUUGGCCGGCUGGUUGGCUGAUAAUUGGCAACGCUCCGGAAACCACACUGGUGUGAUUGGCAACAGUCUAUGAGCGACGGCCAAAAAUAUGCAGCUGAAGAUAUUAAAAAGUUCAUUCAUUCCGUAAUCGUUCCUGCAAGACUUCAAGAAUCAAGAGACGGGCAACGCAGGUUGUUGCAUGUACACUGAUGUGAGUCUGUGAAUAAUAAUAUUGGUGAACAACAAUAAACAGCAGCCUGCGUGUUUUUCUA